CUGAAAACGGCUGAAGGAAGCUCAGGAACUAUGGAAUUUCUAUUGUUGAAGCCCUUGUAGUCUUCGUUGAACCAUACACGUCUCUCCCCUUUCCCUCGACUGCCUUCCAUGACUACGUCGUUGCGAUACAAUCAUGAGCGGUGUAGAGGUUGUGGGUAUCACCUUAGCGGUGAUGCCCUUAAUUAUCACUGCCAUCGAAGACUAUAACGACAGCCUAGAUCCUGUGAAGGCUUUCUUAAGAUGGGAGCGGGAACUACCUCAGUUCAUCCGCAAGCUUAGGAACCAGCAUGUCCACUUCGCGCAGACCAUGCGACUCCUCCUCGAACCCAUUACAACAGAGUUCGAGCUCGCCGAGAUGCUAUCGGAUCCUAGUGGGCAAAUGUGGAAGGACGAAAAUAUGUCAAGAAAACUAAAGGACAAGCUCCAGGAGUCAUUCCAGGCGUAUCAGAGUACAAUCGCAGAUAUCGAACGCAUCAUGAAGAAAAUUGCCAGCAAAUUAGACCUCAAUCGUGCAGCCAAUAUUACCCGUAAUGACCUCGAAGCAAUGCUUGUUGCCAACCCACAACAAGGUAGCAAAUAUGAGUUUAAGAAACGCGUACGUUUCGGGAUGAGCAAGAAGACCAUCAAGGGUCUAUUAGAAGAGCUGGAUGAGUGUAAUAAAGAGUUAGAGCGAUACACGGACCGGAGCGAGAAGCUCGAGACCCUUCGUAAGGUAAUAAAACCUUCUUUCGCGAACCGGAUACAGCGUAUUCAAGAUUAUGCGAAGAAUCUUCACUCUGUUCUCCUAUCGUCCUGGGCAUGCUCUUGCCGAUCUUACCACAAUACAAGCCUCCAACUAGAGCAACGUGCCAACCUGUACGCGUCAGGGAUGAAGAAGGCAAAGCUCUCUCAGAACAGCCGUACGUCCUUUACUGUAUCAUUUUCAAGCUUUGGAACUACAGAACACACCUGGACCUGGCAAGAAGCAGAGAUUCGCAUUGAGGAUGAUGACGGUUAUGUUCUGCCAACUGCGCCGAUGGCAAAGCCGAAGAUGGCAAAAACUGUCAGUUUUGGCGACAAGGAGCCCCCACCUCCGUAUUCGACAGGGGAUCCUGCCAUUAUUGCUCAAACACUCCAGGAAGUGAAAGACUUGUGCGCUGCAAUACAGCAGUUACACAAGAGCUGUCCCUGUAUCGGCUUCUCUUUCGACAGCGAAAGAAAACUUCGGGGCGUCUAUCCAAUAGAUGCCCCUGUGAAAAAGCGAACCACCUCUGGCGAUAUGAUCACGUUGGACGAACUCCUCAACCAUCCUCCUCUGGUAAAUGGAAGGCCGGCGAAACUUAGCAGGAAGGAGCGAUAUAGCCUUGCUGUAACGCUUGCUUCAUCCACCCUUCAACUCAACUCCACCCCGUGGUUCCCUGAUCAGUGGAGCAAGAAAGAUAUUGUGUUCCCUCGGACUGUAUCUCACAUCGUAGAUACCGAGCAUCCAUACGUAGUGCCCCGGCUCCCAGGCCUCUCGAAAGACUCGAUGCCAACGCCGAAACGACGUGGCUUCCAGAACAAGAAUACCGUUUUGCUUGCUCUCGCCAUUGCUUUACUCGAACUGUACUUUGGGAUAUCUGCUGAAAAGCGCCAAGAAGCAGAACUCGGCGCCAUUGAAGGUGCCUCUAAUCCCUGGACACUCUGCGCAAUGGCUUACGAAUGGACUGAGAGCGAACAAGAGAAUCUUUCAGCUGCAUUCCUGAGCGCGGUAACGCAUUGCCUACGUUGCUUCAGCGACCCUGGAGCAAGCCUGCAAGACCCAGACUUCCUCCAGGCGGCCGUAGAAGGUAUCGUUCUGCCACUUCAAGACGAAUUAUGGCAAUUCUUAGGAAAGACUGCUCCUUAAUGGAUGCUGCGGGCUGCCACCGGUUCUUCUACCGAGCAGUGUGUGCAACGAUCUUCGGGCUAGAGUUGUAUGGAGCGUCAG